ACUGCCUGUUCAAACUCUUCAGAGCUUCAAUUUCAUUUUUCGGGACUGGAAUCUGCUAGGACCAAUGAUAAUGCUAUUAUCAACACGAAGACUUCCUUGUGCCAAUCCCAAGAGGCCUCUUCAUGCUAUCCGCCUACACUUAAUGAGCUAAUUGCAUCUGGGCGUGUUGUUGAACAUCUGGCUGACGGACGGAGUCUCGUCUAUCCAGCAACUGCAGUCCACCCGAUAACUCUGCUCGAUGCCUUCAGAUCAGGCCAAUUGGACGCUGAGCGUUCUGCCUUUCGAGAAUCCGGUCCUGAGGGCCGGCUUAUUCGUCUUUCGGAUGCAGUCAAGGCUGGAUAUGUCGAUCCACAGCUUGGCGUCGUACGCCUACUUACUGUCGAUCCUAUGAACUCUAGUGGACAAAUUGAAGCCAAAUUUAGUUUAACUCAAGCCAUUGGCCAAGGUUGCUUCCCUCCCGUAAAUCUGCCACCACCUACUCCUCAGAGAACCGGCUCCUUCGCCAAUGGCAUCGCUGAGGUAUCUACCACCUUCGGGCUGGAAGACAAGCCCUCUCAGCUCAAUGGCUUGCGAUUAGGAUUGAUUUCUGCUGACAGUAGGGAGUGGCUCUUGCCUGAGGAUGAGUCAGCAUAUCCGACUCGAUUUCUUUCCGAUGAUGGCUCUUUCGUGGACUCUGCUUGUUCUCUAUACCAGCAAAAUAAGCGGAGAAACGUUCUUAAAGACUUGCUUACUAGAAAGAUGCCAGCCUUCGCUGCUUCCUUAGUCUCUUCUACUCUGAAGCGCAGCCAUUCGGUUAUUUCUAGCCCUUUGCCACCUAGAGGCCCCUCUGUCUCUCGUACCAACAUAUCUUUGACCAACUGCACCUUUGGAGUUCGUAGCGGAGGAGAUAUAUUUUCUACAGGAGGCAUUUCCAGGCGACGCACUUUGACCGUAAGCCGGUCUCUUUUAAAUGGGCUUGGGCAAUGUGCUAUCUCUAGUCCAAGAGCUCAUUCGAAUGAUUGUGGUCAUUCGGGCGGAGCACCACAAGAAGAGCGGCAUUCUUUGUUUGCAUCUAGCCUGGCUCGUCUCCGUAGACGUCCUACGCGGCAUAACUCGUCUCGGGGCGAUCUUGUAAGUGCGGAGGGCUCCUCAUGCGAUACUGGUGGCUCUCUUUCGCGGCUGCGGCAGCAACAAAUUCAACAGAUGACCGUGUGGCAGAAGCAGCGUCACUGCGUUAUCUACGCGUUCUUUACACUGCACUUUGGCGUGCGUAUCGAAUCUGCUAUUACUAAUAACAUGGUGCGGGAAGGUCACGUUGAUUGUCACCGAGGUGUUGUUCGUGAUCCGGAGUCAGCUGAAUUUAUAGACUUGGGUGAAGCCAUCGCUAGAGGCACUGUUUUCGCUACUGUAUUUACGCAAUCUCAUGUUGACCCUGAGGUGGCUGCUGGAGAUUCAUUUUGGUGUCUGCCAGGAGAUGAGGGUUGCGCCUACUGGCUAGAAGUGUUUCAUAGACGUCACGAUACCUACAGAUUGCAACGUAUAUACGAUCCAGACCUUAACUGCUUGAUUCCGGUGACCGAGGCCUUGGCAAAGGGGAUCAUUGAUCCUGUUCAUGGAACAUACACACAUGCUACCAGCAGGGAGAUCCAGCCACUUGAGGAUGCACUCUCGCGGGGCUUGAUUCAGGCCCUACCUCAGGGCCGACCACCGCCUUUUGAUCUCAUUGUCGACCACUUCGACACCAUCCAUGUGCGGACUGUUGAAGAAGAAAUGUCCUUUAAUUUGCUCGGCGUUUCAGAAACUUCAAUUCGACCCUUGCCUUCUCGGACAUCUAGCAUUCCACCACUUUCUACGAGAUACUUAGUUCAUACGGGCUACCAACUUCUACAAAAUGAAGAGGUGCUCGAAUUGGCUACUGGCAAUAGGUUUCCUCUUCUCGUUGCACUGAAUCGAGGUUUCGUACAGCAACUAAUCAGAGAUCCCGAAAUAACUGAACCACAGGUGAGGGACUCCAUUUAG